UCCCAUCCAAAAGUUGCCAGCAAAGUUUGGUGCUCCGGCUGCUUGCGCGGGUGAAGGAAGCUUGGGAACCCAUCACGCGCUGGGACUUGCGCUCCUUGCAUCUCCACUCGCGCUCCGCCGGGCCUGUGGCUGCAGAGAUUUUUAAUCUUCCUCCAGUUCAGAAACCAGCUGCUCGGCCCCCGAAGAGAACGAGUCAACUAAGAAGAUGUGGAAGGUGCCGGUUCUGCUCUUGGUUUUGGGAAGCGCGUGGCUCUGGGUCCUGGCAGAAGGAGCUAGCACACUCGGGCCAGAAGAUGCCAUUGUGACUACAGGUGUGGAAGAUGACGUGGUGACCCACAGUGUGAAAGAUACAACAGUAUCUUUCCAGACCCCAGGUGCCAAUGAAGACCAUGUGUCUACUGGCUUGCCAACUCUGGUGCCAAGAAGUACAAAGAGUCCAGGCGGUCAGAUAGAGGAUCUGCCAACUGCAGGAAACACAGUCUAUUACCCAAAAGAAAGCCGGAGCACCAGAACCCCAGAUGUGGUCACCAGCCACACCGUGGGGAAAGCGGGUGGAAACACAAAGACAACGGUUGAGAAAGAUGGCUUGUCGACAGUGACUCUGGUUGGAAUCAUAGUUGGGGUCUUACUAGCCAUUGGAUUCAUUGGUGGGGUCAUCGUGGUGGUCACUCGAAAAAUGUCGGGAAGGUUCUCGUAA